GAAGAUAUUUAUGAUGAGAUUAGAUGCAUAAUUCUCUAUUAGUUUAUGUAUGAAUCUUACAGGAUCGUGAACAGCCCUACAUGAGUGAGAGUAACUUGAGUAGGCCGCAAAUAGUGGCACACUUUGCUGAAGAUCUGCCAGAGUUUGAGGCCCUCCGACAGUUCUCAGGUGUUGAUGGAUUCCUCUUAAAUACUGAUGGCCUCUACCAGGUUAAUUCUGGCCAUCAGUGGUAUUUGCAGGUCUUGUAUACAAUUGGUCCAAACAGCAGUAGAAGUAAAAGAGAUGCAACACUGCUUACAACUCUUUCUCACUUUACAUCUACAAGAAGCCCUGAUUUUAGCAAUUUUGAAAACAAGAAUUUUAAUAAAAAUAUGUUAACAUUAAAUCCAAUUUCACUAGCAUCUACUCAACCACCAGAAGAAUCUGUUCAAGGUAUCAAUGACUUUAGUGGGCUUGCAGAAGACCUUCCAAUGCCUGCCUUCUUAACAUCUCUUCAUACUCGUAAUGGAACAAACAUGAGGAGCUUUCAACUAAAGUUCACCACUGCCAGCAGUUCAGAAAACUCAGUCUUCCUCAAUGUUUUAUACGUUAUAGUAGCUCUCAUGGUUUUACUUGCCAUCAUUAUUGCAGGCCUACUGGUUGUGAAGAGAUACUUUAGAAAUUCAGAGAAGGACAAAGUAAUUGUUGUUCGCAGUUUAAAAAAUGAACGAGAAGAGUUCAGGAGAAAAGGUGAAGGAAAAGUAUUAGAAAGGCCAAAAACUCUACCACCAAAUAUGACUCUCAACAGUGAAAGUAAUUUGCAAACAGUGAAAGUAAAGACAUUAGCAAUUACUGUUCGAAAUAAUUUAGAGGAUGAAGGAACCGAGGUGUAAAAAUAAAUUCACAAAGAUUUAUUGUUCCAUAAGGAGAGUAACUAGGUUAAAGAAAAUUAUGCUUUUGAACUUCUUUCUUUUUAUGCUAAAUAAAAGCUGAUGUGAUUGUAAGCCUUUGAUGGUGAUAUACAAGAGUAUGAACUUAUAAUGCUAUCAAAACAUUACUUAUAAAAGAGAAGUGUGCCAUAUAGGAUCUGUACAAGGAUAAUUUGCUGGGGUUAGAAGUUGAAUGAUAAUGUAGAAACUCACAAAAUGAAUACAAUUAACAGAAAGAUUACAGAUUCAGCUCAAAUUGCUUGAUGGAAACUCACAAAAUUAUGAGAUUGAUAUUCAGUCUCCUAUAAAGACUUCAUGUGAUCUAAUUAACACUGUCCAUCAAAAAUUUUGUUGUCCCAAUGGGGCUUGUGUUGUUCUUUUCACAAAAGUUUGACCUAAAUGUUUAUAUGUAAUAUAUUUAAUAACUGUGAUAGGACACUAUUAAAAAACUGAUUUAAAGAUGUGAUUUUUGGAUUUAAAAAUAGAAAAUGGAUUAAUGUGUUUAUAUGAUGAUUAUCAAACAUUUCUUGGUUGAAAAUGGUGAUUAAUUACAAAAUGCAUCAUUCUGUGAUUUAAAAUAAUUCUCAACUGUGCUACAAGAACUGGUCCAGCUGAUCAGUCUGUUUCAUAGAAAAGGAUUUUAGUACUGUAGUUUCAUGAACACCUACCUGUGUUAACUUAUGCCAGUGCCUCACUCAAGAAUUUAUUCAGUGAUCUAUUUUUGUGCUCCUCAAUAGAUAUGUUAUCUUUGCUUGAACUUGAAGAAUAAAGCUGUAACACUUAUUCCUUCUCCUGAAUUAUUUGUUUGUGCUGUCAUGAAGAGGUGCCUUACCCUCACAUGUAAUAUGUAGGCAUGCAGCAAAGUAUAUCCUGUUCUUCAUUAUAA